GGACUACAUUUUCACAUGGCUACAGAGGUCACAAACAGAAGUGGUGACCGUAUGGUGUUGAAGACUGGUUGUAACCAAACAUCUUGUAUUCCAACCCAGACCAACGUAAUAACCACUGUCCCCUUUCCACCGACCCAUCGCUUGACAUUUGACGAGGUCUUUGAUGCCAAUGGAAAACCUAGGGUGGACAUUUUGAAAAAUCAUUUAAUUAAAGAAGGUCGGGUAGAGGAAGAAAUUGCACUUAGAAUUAUUAAUGAUGGAGCUGAAAUUCUGCGGAGAGAAAAGACCAUGAUUGAAGUGGAAGCACCAAUAACUGUAUGUGGUGACAUUCAUGGUCAGUUCUUUGACAUGAUGAAGUUAUUUGAAGUAGGAGGGUCACCAGCCAGCACCAGAUACCUCUUCCUUGGCGAUUAUGUGGACCGAGGUUAUUUCAGCAUAGAGUGUGUACUCUACUUGUGGGCUCUUAAAAUUCUGUACCCAAAUACGUUGUUCCUUUUGCGCGGGAAUCAUGAAUGCCGACACCUCACGGAAUAUUUCACCUUUAAACAAGAAUGUAAAAUCAAGUAUUCCGAAAGAGUGUAUGAUGCUUGUAUGGAUGCUUUUGACUGCCUUCCUCUUGCUGCACUUCUAAACCAGCAGUUUCUUUGUGUUCAUGGAGGACUUUCUCCAGAAAUUCAUAGUUUAGAAGAUAUUAGAAAAUUAGAUAGGUUUAAGGAGCCACCUGCAUUUGGGCCAAUGUGUGAUUUGUUGUGGUCAGACCCUUCAGAGGAUUUUGGAAACGAGAAAACACAAGAACACUUCAGUCAUAAUACAGUGCGAGGAUGCUCCUACUUCUACAGUUACUCAGCUGUUUGUGAAUUUUUACAACACAAUAAUUUGCUAUCAAUAAUUCGAGCUCAUGAGGCCCAGGAUGCAGGCUACAGAAUGUAUAGAAAAAGCCAAACCACUGGGUUUCCGUCAUUAAUUACAAUCUUUUCUGCACCAAACUACUUAGACGUCUACAAUAAUAAAGCUGCUGUAUUGAAGUAUGAAAAUAAUGUGAUGAAUAUUCGACAGUUCAACUGUUCUCCUCAUCCCUACUGGCUGCCUAACUUCAUGGAUGUCUUUACGUGGUCGCUGCCAUUUGUUGGAGAAAAAGUAACAGAGAUGUUGGUUAAUGUCCUCAAUAUCUGCUCUGAUGAUGAGCUUAUGUCUGAAGGAGAUGAUGCUUUUGAUGGUACAGCUGCCGCUCGGAAGGAGAUCAUUAGGAACAAGAUUCGAGCAAUUGGCAAAAUGGCCAGAGUAUUCUCAGUUCUCAGAGAGGAGAGUGAGAGCGUGCUGACGCUGAAGGGAUUAACUCCCACUGGAAUGUUACCAAGCGGAGUGUUGGCAGGAGGACGACAGACCCUACAAAGUGCAAUCCGAGGAUUCUCACCACAACACAAAAUCUGUAGUUUUGAAGAAGCUAAAGGGCUGGACAGGAUUAAUGAGCGAAUGCCUCCAAGGAAGGAUGCUACCCAGCAAGAUGGUAUCAACUCAGUGAAUGCGUCAAAUACUAACGAGAACAAUGGAACUGGCAACAGCAACAUACAAUGACUGUCUCCCCUUCUCAUGCUCCAAUUGCCUGAGAUCUCCCUGAAUCACAGCUUCUGAAAUGGCUUCAGUUUCUUAGCCAAAGCAAUCUAUCCAUUUGUUUUUUGAACGACUGAACAAAUUUGGUGACCUUUAAAUGAUCAGAUAUGGUAAAGCCAUCCUGCUUUUGAGAGAACGGCCUGUGGUAGAUGAAGAUUCAUGUGCAUGCAGCAUAUAUUCAAGACUUCUGGACCCUUGGAAAGGCAUAACCGUUUUCACUAAAUCACAUCUAGACUAGCAUCUCACGCCCAUCGACUUCAACACCUGUUAAGUUUACAAUCUUUGAAUAGCUUUAGUUGAUUCCAAUCAGAAUUUGAACAGAAACCCUAAUUAAUGCUGAAGAGCCACUAUUUAUUGCUGAACAUUGUUUCGUAAUAAUGUCUACUAAAGACAAGUUUUUAAAUGGUAGAAUGGUCUUAAAAAAUAAUUCUGAGGCUGCAAGAUUAUGUAUUUUAAAUUUAGAGAAUGCCAAAAAUAAAUCUAUUGGAUGGCAGGGCCUGAUAACAUGCUGACCUCAGCUUUAUUCCUUCUAUCGGACGUUAUUAAGCCUGUGCUACAACUGCUGCAUCGUAGUUUGUAGAAAUGUUUCUUGCUUUAAAAGAAACCAAAGCUAUUUAACCCAGAAAGACAUUGGCCCGUAGAAUCCCAGCUUUUGUUAAAUUUACAUUUCUGGCCCCUUUUAAGUUUUAACCUGUAUUUUGAAUUAAUAGCCCACACACAAUGUUAAUUGAAAGGUACUUUUAAUUGAAUUUUGUACAUUGUGAAAAGACAUUUAAAUCAUAUCAAGUCUGUAAAGCUUAGCUGUGUAAUUUGUGUAUGCAUGUUUUUUUCAUUUUGCAGAUAUUUAAUAUAUAGACCUAUUAUGUACAGGACAGCAUCCUAGGGUUGCAUAAAUGUAAUGGGUACCUUUUUAGUGCAUUGUGAGUAUCCGACUGGCUUGUAUUGCACCAAACCUCCAGGGCGGAAGAGCUUCAGGUAUUUUGACAUGUUUCUGUUUAUGCAAUGCAAGCUAUUGCCCAGGUUAAAACCAGGAUCAUGGUGGCAGUGUCAAAUCAAGGCUGCAUGUUAAUUUUUUUUAUAAUAUUGCUCUGUUCAAAUACAUUGUGUCAAAAAGUUAAUGUUUUAUUUGAUUAAUAAUAAUAAUAUUGAUUGUCACAGUACUUGGCUGCAUUUUAAUGCAUUUGCAACCGGAUUCGUUUCUCAGUCUCUUGCCCACCAAACUUGAAACAUCAUCAUGAGAAAGAAGAAAAAUAAUUGUCUCCCCUCUUUGUUUGCCAUGAGCACAUGUACAUAAGUCUGUCUCAGCUGGAAGCUGUACACUUGCUCUGACAUAUUUAAAUAUUUUGUAAGAUGGUACACAAUAAAUGUUGUGUAUGGGCCACGGCUUUUACUGGA